AUGAGAUUAUGUCCAAUUUUCAUAUAUGCAUUUACCCUAUAUACCAUGAUUGUAAUUGGAGUAGUGACCUACGACUGCUGUACUAAAAUCACCAUCACCUUUGCCGGCUGCUUGGCAAUGGCCCUUUCCUGCCUCACCGGUCUGCGAAUUUGCCAACCUUCAGUCUCUACAAAUGAAACGUUAAUUGAAAGGCCACUUGAACAUUUAGACGAAACGAACUUGUAUUGGUCUAAGAAAUUGCAGAGUAAAUUGACUCAUCUCCAGCAUGGACUUAAAUGCGGUUCUGUCGAGUUUGCUUUCAACCAUGGUACCACAACUCUUGCGUUCAAGUAUUCCGGUGGUGCCAUUGUUGCUGCUGACUCACGUGCAUCAUCUGGGUCUUACAUAGCUUCUGGGACAACUGAGAAGAUUCUGAAGAUAAACCAAUAUCUCCUGGGAACCAUGGCUGGUGGAGCGGCUGACUGUGCCUACUGGGAACGCGUUCUAUCCAAGCAGUGCAGGCUUUUCGAGUUGCGCAACAAAGAAAGAAUGUCAGUCGCAGCAGCUUCUAAAUUGCUCGCGAAUAUGCUGUUUGAAUACAAAGGCGCCGGUCUUAGUGUUGGUACAACUAUUGUUGGUUGGGAUAAAAAGGGCCCUGGUGUUUACUAUGUGGACAAUGAUGGUCAUAGGAUGGCGGGUGAUCUUUUUUCCGUUGGUUCUGGAAGCAUGUACGCUUACGGAGUGCUAGACACACACUAUAAAUACCACAUGAAAGAUGAAGAUGCAUACGAACUUGCUCGCAGAGCUAUAUUCCACGCUACUCAUCGCGAUGCAGCUUCCGGGGGGAUUAUUAACGUAUACCACAUGACAAAGGAUGGUUGGAAAUUUAUCGGCAAAUACGACGUUGCUGACCUGUAUCACAAAGACUGGGAACUGCGACAAACUUUCCAAGCUGCCGUCUAUCUCUUGGCCCCGGAAGUAGUGUUUAUCCUUGGUGAUAUCUUUGACGAAGGUCUGUGGAUAAAUGACGAUGAACUGGAUUCUGAACUCAUUCGCUACAGGCGAAUAUUCCAUCAUGAUCCGUCUGUUACGAUCCUCAAAAACAUUGUUGGAAACCAUGAUAUUGGAUUCCACUACGCCAUUCAUCCAUACUUUGAUUACCGUUUUCGUCGAAAACUUACACCAGCAGCCAACAGCUCCGCAGUCCGUUUGUGGACACACGCCGGCGUUCACUUCGUUUUAGCCAAUAGUAUGGCUUUUGAAGGCGAUGAGUGCAAUCUUUGUUCGGAGGCGGAAUACGACGUAUAUGCGAUAGGUCAAUAUCUUUCAUGUGCACCCAUGGCCCGUUCCGCCAAAUGUGACCCGAGAGUGGAUUAUUCGCACCCACCUUAUCAAUUGGAUAUGGAUAGUGAUCGCAAGCGACCGACGGUUUAUACACGACCCAUUUUGUUGCAACAUUUUCCACUUUUUCGCCCAAACGAACUCGCUUGUCCUGCCACACCACUGGAUGCUAUGCCUGCCCACCUCCGGCGUGUGGCGUACAGGCCGAAAUGGGAUUGUUUAUCUGAAAAAGCAAGCCAACAGCUUCUUAGGCAGCUGAGACCACGUUUGGUGCUGUCCGGACAUUCUCACUACUCUUGUCUCUUGCACCAUAAAAUAAUCAACGAUCAUUCAGAGGAGCUCAUUCCUGAGAUUACUGUUGCCAGCUUCACUUGGCGGAAUGUUCAAACUCCAAGUUUUACUUUACUCACAGUGUCCCCUACAGAACAUGCCACGGUUACUUGCUUUUUACCCAAGCAGUCCACUAUUUUUAUACUUUAUAUUUCAACUUCUGCAUGUACCCAACUUUGCCUCGCUUCAAUGGCUUCCAGCUCUGACGAUGUACAAGGCUCGUCUCGCUUGAUUGGCCCGUCUUUAGAGGCUGAUGAUGUCUGCCCUGUUGGAGGCAUCGGGCCUGCUCUACCCCUGGAUGUUUUCAAAUCAAAAAUUAUGCAAGAGAACAAGACCUGGGAUGACACUGAGGAUUCACGUGCUGAGAACUUGGCCACUAUCGGUCCUUUGGUUCCUGGACAGGAGUUACAGGAAGAAUUCCGACACCUCAAAUCAGGACCUACGAAUCGAAAUGAUCCGGGCGAAUUGGAUAAAGUUAAACUCAAACGAGAUGCUUGGAUGACGGAGCUAUUGCCCAUAUCCCGUGAAGCUGGGGCUUUGAAAGCAAGGAAGUUUGAGCAAAGGAUCGCGUCGGCUUCUGGUGCUUGCGAUAGCUCGUGGUUCAAGGUACCAGGUUCUGUUGAUUCCGGCCCGAGUUGUGCUGAAACAGUAGAGAAGCAAACUGCGGUGACGUCAUGGGAACGCGAAGCCGAUCGGGAAUAUGACAAAAGAAUGGACGAAAUGCUAUGCAAAACUCAAACAAGUACGGGUCGAGCGAGCCUUUUAGACCUUCACAAAAAGAAGUCAGUCAAAGAAAAUAAAAAAGAGUCUAAAAAGGAGAGACGAAAGAAGCACAAGUCCAAGCACAAGAAGCACAAGUCAGACACCAUGAUCUCUCGUUCACCUGAAAAGCCCACGAGGCGGCCGUUCGAUCGUGACAGAGACUUGAAGGGCCAUCUAAUGGAUCCUGCUGCUCGUCAGGCACUGAUCCAUCACUCAAAACAGCUUUCCAGUCGAUUUGGACAUGGGUCCAGACACUUCCUGUAA